ACCCGGGCUCCUGGCAGAGAGACGCCGUCGCACCCGGGCUCACGGCAAGGGACGAGGAGCGGCGCCAGGGCGACGGGCCGGCUCUGCCUCCAGCCGCUACGAUUCCCGCCGGCGACCGCGAGCCUGCGGCCUCGGGGGCGCAGCGGGGCCCCGGGGAGGCCGCGCUUUGAGGUCCCCGGCUCCCAGCGCCCGCCGCGGCAGCGCCGGAGAAUCCCGGGGCCGGCGCUCGCCCGUUUCCGUCUCCCUCGCACUCUGACGCCCAGCGUCGCCUCACUUCCUCCGCCGCCGCCCGCCAUGGCCUCCGCCGCCCGGGAGGGCGCGGGCUCGGGGCGCAGGCGCCCGCCGCCGCGCCGGGCCCUGCCCGGCCUGCUGCUGCUGUGCUUGUGGCUGCCCGGUGGCCGCGCGGCCGGCUCGCCCUCCGCGCCGCUGUCCGAGCUGCACGCGCAGCUCUCGGGCGUGGAGCAGCUGCUGGAGGAGUUCCGCCGACAGCUGCAGCAGGAAAGGCCGCAGGAGGAGCUGGAGCUCGAGCUGCGCGCGGGCGGCGACCCCCAGGAAGGCUGCCCGGGCCCCGGGGGCGGCGGCUACAGGGCUAGGCCCGACGCCAUCAUCCGCACCAAGGACUCGAUCGCGGCCGGCGCCAGCUUCCUGAGCGCGCCGGCGGCCGUGCGGGACUGGCGGCAGUGCCUGCAGGCUUGCUGCCUCGAGCCGCGCUGCUCCGUGGCCGUGGUGGAGCUGCCCCGGCGGCCCGCGCCCCCGGCCGCCGCGCUCGGCUGCUAUCUCUUCAACUGCACCUGGCGCGGCCGCAGCGUCUGCAAGUUCGCGCUGCACCGAGGUUACAGCAGCUACAGCCUCAGCCGCGCCCCAGAGGGCGAGCAGGAAGGCCUGGAAGCCGGCGCCCAGGCCCUCGCCCGGGCCUCGCCUCGGCUGGAAAAGGACGAGCCUCCACUCAGCAAGGCAGGGCAGGAUGUGGUUUUGCAUCUGCCCACAGAUGGCGUGAUUCUGGACGGCCGAGAAAGCACAGAUGACCACGCCAUCGUCCAGUAUGAGUGGACACUGCUGCAAGGUGACCCGACAGUGGACAUGAAGGUGCCUCAGUCCGGAACCCUGAAGCUGUCCCACCUGCGGGAAGGAACAUACACCCUUCAGUUGACAGUGGUGGACACUGCUGGGCAGAGGAGCUCCGACAACGUGUCAGUGACCGUGCUUCCCGUGGCCUUCUCCACAGGAGGUGUAAUAGAAGAAGUGAAAACCAUGAAGUCCUGGGAAACACAGAUUGAAACACUCAGAGACAUCAGGGACCACCUGUGUGACUUUACACUGGAGAAACCCACGGUCAUGGACCCUCUCACCCUGCAGGCCUGGAUGACAUGUCACUGUGAGGAUGACAGAAACAUCAGUGGAUCCUGGCAGUUUGGCUUGAAUGGACAAAUGAGCCUCCACUUUGAUUCGGAGAAUGGACACUGGAGAGUUGAUCCCCCUGGAGGCAGAUGGAUGAAAGAGAAGUGGGAGAAUGACAGAGCUGUGACCGAGUUCCUGAAGAAGGUCUCCAUGGGAGACUGCCGGGCCUGGAUUCAGGCUUUCAUGGUGUGCUGGGAGAAAAUGCUGAAGACCUCGGCAUCACCGACCACGGGCCCCCCUGCAGUCCAGCCCAGGGCUACAGCCAUCAGUCACACCGCCUGGAUUGCUCCUGUGGUUCUCACCAGUUUCUUCAUCAUAGUAGCCUGGAGCCUUUACAAGAAGAGGAGACGGUGUUCCCAGAAAGCCGAUGACAGGCUCUGUUGGCCUCAGGAAUGAGUCUUUGCUUGGCCGCUGUCCUUCUCUUGCUGUUCAUUUUAGAGCCAAGAAGUCAGACGUUCGGAAUCCCAAGUCUGUCUAUGAGUUAUGAUGACACAGUGGCUGCACCAUCUCGUGUCUCUUGUCACAUCUGAUGAACAUCCUCCUCAACCUCUUUAUUUUUUUCAAAUUAUUAUUAUUAUUGUUAUUUUCAAAUCUCCUUUCCCAUUUUCUCUUGGUGUUGAGUGAUGCAGUCUCUGCACUGAUACUUUCAACUAUUAGAACAAGAGAUCACCACAGACAUAAUACUUUCAAUCUUCUAGUUUUUGGAAAAUUAGACUUUCCCCUGCAUCGUGACCUUAUUCUUAAAAAUGAUGAUAUUGCUUGAAAAAUACAAUUGCUUUUGCAGGACUCAGUGAUUUUUUUUUCUAUAUCCAGAGAAACAACUUCAUUAUAAUUUCAAAGGAGUAAAAUUUUACAUUGACUUGUUCCCUUCAUACUAUUACCCUAUUUGUGCUGAGUCAUGUUCGACUCUUUGCAACCCCAUGGACUACCAGUCUUCUCUGUCCAUGGGAUUUCCCAAGCAAGAAUACUGGAGUGGGUUGCUAUUUCCUUCUCCAGGGGAUCUACCUGAUCCAGGGAUCAAACUCAUGUCUCCUGUGUCUCCUGUUCCUCACUCGCUGGCAGGCUGAUUCUUUACCACAAGCACCACCUGGGAAGCCUUUAUACUGAUUCUUAAGUCAUCAUCUCUAUAUUGCAGAAAAGUUAAGUCCUUCAUGCCUGUUUUCUAAUCCAGGAGAAAAGUCAUGGUAUUUCACCAUUCCUCCCCAUGAUGGCAUUAAAUAAAACCAAUGAUAAUGCUUUAUCUCUUGUGGAAACAGAGAAUUUAAGGAUCACUCCUAAAGUAAUAUGCAGUCCAGUUGUGAACUGAUCCUUAAAUUCUCUGGAUUUUUAAAAGUAUAUUUCACCAUAUCCCAACAGUAGGUCAUGUGUUCACCCUACUAUGCAGCCAUCUGAGUGUUAGUUCCAGGCUAGAAAACAUAGACUAAAAGCCAUGUAGAUAGAGGCCAACCUCAGAGAUAUUGUGGGCUGGGUUCCAGACCAGGGCAAUAAAGUAAAUGUCACAAUAAAGAGAAUCACACAUUUUUUCAUUUCCACUGCACAUAAUAGUAUGUUGAUAUGGAAGUCUGUUAAGUAUGCAAUACCUUUAUGUCUAAAUGAACAAUGUACAGACCUUAAUACACAACACUUUGUUUCUAAAAUAAAAUAUGUUGGACAACAUCUGAGCCUCCAGGG